AAUAAUUUGUGUUUUUUGUCACAGAUGCACCUGCAAUUAGUGCAUUGACAAUUUGGCCUAUUUGGAUCUCCAUCAGUUGCUUCAUGUUGCUUUAAAAACUGAAAUAUCAAAGUGUUAAUUCUCAGACCUCUUUUACAGCUGACCCAUAUAUACUGCUAAUUGGCCAUCAACAGAAUGUGAGCUCUGCAGCUGUUUGUCAUUCAGCUACUUAAAAGUAACACUCCAUUUACAUGUGGUUUCCGUUUUUCCACCCGGGUGCAUAGUGCAAAUAACAAGACAAAAGGGUGGUGGAAGUCAAUCUGCCAGUCGGGCAAAAGGAAGAGAGGCAGCUAAUAUGGCCUCCCUUUUAUAGUCGCAGUCCAAGCCUUCCCCAGUGAACCACGGCAGCUGACAACCCUCCCAGCUCUGCCCACCAGCCUCCUGCAACAGGCAUACAAUCAAUCAGGAAAGCCCAGCAGACAGUGUGGGAGGGACUUCAACGUACAUAUAAUGUAUAUGUUUAUAUAAUGUCUAUGGAUGUGUGCGUUUAUGGACGUGUGUGUCUAUGGAAUGGCACACAAGUGCGAAGACAGUUUUGGGGGAUUUAUCUUGCUUCUGAGAAACUUCCCCUACCAGCAGUAUACGGUGCAGUAUAUUAGCAUGUGAACAGCAACCCAGUGACACUGUUGUUUUGGCUCGGUACAUCCAGGACAAUGGACUAUAAAUAAAACAAAGAUGAAGAGGGCGACUGGCCGGUGAAGCUGUGACCUAUGCAGGGUUGUCUUGGCUGAUGGUCCAAGGGCCGGGUUCCUCCAGGAGGGUAUGCCUGUACCCCACCAUGCCCUUGCCGGCAGAAUGGCCGAUGGGCCGCUUCGCAGUGGCAUGCCUGCUGCUGCAUAGUCUGACGCUGACCUCCACUGCUACGGGCCUCCGCCGGGAGACCGCUGGAUGCUCUGAGAGCUGCUACUGCUCCGAGGCGGCCGACGGCGGGCGGACGGUGCGCUGCAGCAACAUGCACCUGGCGGAGGUCCCGCGCGACCUGCCCAACGACACCCGUCGACUUUACCUGGACGGCAACCUCCUAGUCACCAUCCCCAGUGACGCUUUCGCUGGGCUUGGUUUGCUCAGCGAGCUGGACCUCUCGCACAACGAACUGACUCACAUGGAGCCCGGUGCCUUCCGGGGUCUGGCGCGCUCUCUGAGGAGCCUGGACCUGUCCUCCAACAGGCUGACCACACUAGAGCCGGAGGUCCUGGGCGGUCUGAGGGCCCAGGCCAACCUCACCCACAACCCCUGGCACUGCGACUGCCGCUUGCAGGUGUCGAUGCCCCGGCUGGACCUUGACCCGGCCUCGCUAGCCGGCGUGGUGUGCCACACCUCGGAGCCCAAGGAUGCCGGCAUAGACAUGGGAGUGCCCUUCGUCAUGGUGGCGGCUGACCUGGACCUGUGCGGCGGGGUCAAGAGGACCACGGACGUGGCAAUGCUGGUGACCAUGUUUGGCUGGUUCGCCAUGGUCAUCUCCUACCUUGUAUACUAUGUCCGGCACAACCAGGAGGACACUCGGAGACACUUGGAGUACCUCAAGUCCCUGCCCAGCAAACAGGGCGGGCCAGUAGAGACAUCAAUACUCAGCACUGUGGUGUGAUGUCGGGGAGCGCCAGGCAUGGGCUCAAAUGCAUUCUGUCAGGUGCGUUCAUGUGCUGGAGGCAUGUUGGAUUUAACUUGAUUUUAGUACUUGGAGAAUUUGUUCGUUGGGCACUUUUCAGUUGUGGUAGGGAGGGCUAGUAGGAAUGCAGCUGUAGCGCUUGAAAGUACUUUCACGUGCGUUUCCCCAGGUCAGGUAGAGAUGAAGGAAGUAGGACCCAAAUGCCUCAGAAGGAUAAAAAAAGGAAGCCCAAAAUUGGAAAUCGACCGGAAUACUACUGUACAUAAUUUCAAUAUCUCCAUUGCCAGUCAUAUCACACUAAUAAUUCUUCCUAUUAAUGUAGGUAAUCAUUGCAAGAAAGAAAUAUGUUUAACUUAAUAUUUUAAUUGCAUUGGUGAAAUCAGUCCCUUCAUAAGACAUUCUGUAGUUCUAUCAAAACUUUGUUGAAACAUUAUCAAAUGCAUAACUAUUCCACAUUUGACUGCCUCCCAGGGCACUGUUUUAUUACAUAUUCAGGAAUGCAGGUUGUCAUGAGAAAUGCCCAAAUUAGUGACAAUGCUGUACUUUUGCUGUCAUUAUAACCAACUAUGUUCCUCCAGCUACAGCCAUUGAAUGUUGGAUCUUUAUUUUCUGGAUGAGAACCUAUGUAACCCUCAAUUGUUUUACCUGAAAUAAUAAAAAGUGAGUUAUUAACUUCUUUUUUUAUUUUGGCUGUUUUGUACUGAACAGUAAAGUAAAAGUCAUGCAAGCCUGUUUGAAUAUAUCACCUUUUUAUUUUACAUUGUAAAUAAGAAAUAUAAAUAGCAUUAAUAUCACAAGGUCUAACAACUUGUGAUAUAUAGUACUUUUGGAUGUAUUUUUUUUUUUAUUUCUUUCAAACCUCAAAUUCC